AUGGAGACCAAGACGGAAAAGUCUUCAGACCCUACCACACAACAAGAUAGCAAGCAUCUUCCCGAUGACAUUCAAGUGGGAGAAGUCGAAAACUACACUGAAGAAGAGGAGAGGGCAGUGCGACGGAAGAUCGAUCUCCACCUCAUGCCUCUGCUCAUGAUCACCUACCUCAUCCAAUUCCUCGACAAGUCUUGCAUUUCAUACUCGGCGUUGUGGGGCAUGCGGCAAGAUGUCGGUCUAUACGGAAGCCAGUAUUCUUGGCUGACAACCAUUUUCUACAUCGGCUACCUCGUUGCCGAGUUCCCUCUAAACUACCUUUUCCAGCGGUUCCACAUCACCAGAGUCUGCGGCGUCAUCAUUGGUCUUUGGGGCACCGUCCUCUUGUGCAUGGCGGCUGCCGAUGACUUUGCCAGUCUCAUGACAACCCGCUUCCUCCUCGGCGCACUGGAAGCCGGCGUGAGUCCCUGUUUCGUGCUCCUCACAAGCAUGUUCUACAAGCGAUCCGAACAACCCCUCCGCACAUCCCUCUGGUUCUCCAUGAACGGCGCCGCCCAAAUCCUCGGCGGCCCCAUCGCCUACGCCAUCGGGCACAUCACGCGCGCCCUCCUCCCCGCCUGGAAGUUCCCCUUCCUCAUCUUCGGCGCCCUCACCGUCACCUGGUCGCUCGUCUUCACCCUCCUCGCCGCCCCCAACCCCGCCUCCGCAUCCCGCUUCCUCACCCCGCGCGAGCGGCGCAUCGCCGUCGCGCGCCUCGUCGUCGCGGCGAACACUGAUGGCGGCCAGCUCGACACGCGCGUGUUCAGACCCCACCAGGCGCUCGAGGCCGCGCGCGACGUCAAGUCGUGGCUGCUCGUCGCGUUUACGGUCGCGUCGAACGUGCCGAAUGGCGGGGUGGUGGCGUUCGGGCCGCUGAUCGUCGAAGGGUUUGGGUUCGACAAGCUGGGGACGACGCUGUUGGGGAUGCCGUCGGGUGGGGUGCAGAUCGUGGCGCUGUUGGUGAGCGGGUGGCUGGCGGGGCGGUAUACGACCACCACCACCAAGUCGAGGAGUGGUGGUGCUGGUGGUGGUGCGCGCAUCGCGCUCAUGCUGGGUGGGAUCGGCGUCGCGCUGGCGGGGACGGUCAUGAUGUAUGCGAUUCCGGAAGGGGGAGAGGGUGGGAAGAGCAAGUAUGGGCGGUUGAUCGGGUACUAUUUGCUGCCGGGGUUCAGCGCGACGUACGUGCUUAGUUUGGGGCUGAUACAGGCGAAUGUGGCGGGGCGGACGAAGAAGGGGGUCGUCACGGCGGGGUUGUUUGUCGCGUAUUGCGUGGGGAAUGUGGUGGGACCGCAGCUGUUUUUCGCGGAGGAGGCGCCGAGGUAUCGGUCCGGGUUUGUGGCCAUGAUUGUGUGUUUUGCGGUGCAGGCGGGGGUUUUGGGGGCGUAUUGGGUGGUGUGUAGGAGGGAGAAUGCAAGGCGUGAUAGGGUUCAUGGUCUACCAUACGGUGGCGAUGCGAGUGGAGAAAGCAUUGAGCAGGGGCUGUCGGACUUGACUGAUAUGGAAAAUCCGCACUUUAGAUAUGCUCUCUAA